CAAGCUCGGCGGUCGGUCCGUUCACUGCUGCGCGGCUCUCACUGCAGUUCCUCCCUGGCACAGAGGACCACACCGACCCGCCCGGCUCCACAAGGACGGAGAAAUGAGCUCGUCCUCCGCCGUUCACAUCGCACUAACGUGAGCGUGUGACGGCUCUCCUCCUUCACGGACACACACACACAGAGACACGUACAGAAGACCCGCACCGGUCGCGGCUGUUUACAAAUCUCCUGCUCGGUGCCGGACAGUCCCACCCGCAGCCCGGACCAUGGCGGAGAGAAGUGGCCGGCUGAGCUUCCCCGGGAGCGGGGCUCUCAACAGACCCGUGCCCAUGAACCUGUUCGCAACAUGGGAGAUUGACGGAUCCUCCCCGAACUGCAUCCCGAGACUGUGCAGUCUGACUCUGAAGAAGCUGGUUGUGAUGAGGGAACUUGACAAAGAGCUGAUUUCUGUGGUCAUAGCGGUUAAAAUCCAGGGCUCCAAAAGGAUUUUGAGGUCCCAUGAGAUAGUGCUGCCACCCAGUGGGUCUGUGGAGACUGAUCUGGCUCUCACCUUCUCACUGCAGUACCCGCACUUCUUAAAACGGGAGGGAAACAAGCUGCAGAUCAUGCUCCAAAGGCGAAAGAGAUACAAGAACCGAACGAUCUUGGGCUACAAGACUCUCGCAGUGGGAUCCAUUGACAUGGCAGAGGUGAUGCAGCACCCGACAGAGGGAGGCCAGGUCCUUCCUCUCUGCAGCAACCAGAAAGACAUGCUGGGGAAGGUGGCAGAGAUCUGGAUCUUUUCCCUGUCCAGUCAGCCAAUCGACCACGAGGAGGCGGCGCUGCAGGGAGGACAAAAGAUCAAAUGCUCCGAUAACUACUCAGAGGAAGAGUACGAGAGCUUCUCCUCAGAGCAGGAGGCCAGCGAUGACGCCGUGCAGGGACAGGAUCUUGAGGAUGACGAGUACGAUGUGAGAAAGCCAAAGAAGCAGAGGAGGUCGAUUGUAAGGACCCCCUCCAUCACCAGACAGCAGAACUUUAAGCAGCGAGUGGUGGCUCUUCUGAAGCGGUUCAGAGUUUCAGAUGAGGUGCUGGACUCGGAGCAGGACCCUGCCGAGCCGCCCCCUGAGGUGGAGGAAGAGGACCUGGACUUGGACAGCGUGGAGUUUGAGAACCCCAGUGACAGCGGCCCGGAGCUGGAUGACGAUGACAGCGUCCUCAGUACGCCAAAACCCAAACUCAAGCCAUAUUUCGAGGGUCUCUCUCUCUCCAGCUCUCAAACUGAGAUCGGCAGCAUCCACAGCAGCCGGAGCCACAGGGAGCCUCCCAGUCCGAUUGACCCAGAUAAAACCAAGAGUGGCGGAGCCAAGUUUCCAGACGACAGUGUGUCUGAUAAUGUCUCCUUUGAGCAGCCGGAGGCAGUGACUCCGACCACAGAGCUGGAGAUGGACAACAUGGACACGUUUUUGGAGAGACUGCCACCAAGUGGCAAAAUGACCAAGACAGAGUCCCUUAUCAUUUCGUCCAACAGGCAGGAACCAAAGUUGGCAGGUAGGCGAGGCAGGAGCACGUCGCUGAAGGAGCGCCAGCCCAGCAGGCCGCAAAACGAGAGGGCCAACAGCCUGGACAACGAACGGUCCCUGGACACACGCUGCCACCUACAGAUCCCAAGAAAGACAGUGUACGACCAACUAAACCACAUCCUGGUGUCUGAUAACCACCUCCCUGACAGCAUCAUCCUCAUCAACACUUCAGACUGGCAGGGCCAGUAUCUUUCAGAUAUGCUUCAGAACCACCAUCUACCAGUGGUGUGCACCUGCACUACAGCGGACAUCCAAGCUGCGUUCAACACCAUCGUCUCCCGCAUACAGAGAUUUUGUAACUGUAACUCCCAGACGCCCAUUCCCAUAAAGAUAGCGGUGGCUGGAGCACAGCACUACCUCAGUGCGGUUCUGAGGCUUUUUGUGGACCACCUUUCCCAUAAGACCCCUGACUGGCUCGGAUACAUGAGGUUCCUCAUCAUCCCUCUAGGUGCACAUCCAGUCUCCAAAUAUCUCGGCACUAUUGACUAUCGAUACAACAGUUUGUUCCAAGAUGCUGCUUGGAGGGACCUGUUUCACAAGCCAGAAGCUCCUGUUGUUGCUCAGGAGAACCCAGAUGUGGUAUCGAGGGUAACUCAGUACAUGGUGGGAGCUAACGGAGCUCACCAGCUCCCUAUCGCAGAGGCCAUGCUCACCUACAAACAGAAGAGGAAAAAGAGCUUUCAUUUUGAUUUUGCAGUAAGCCCUGAUGAGGACUCGUGUCAGAAAUUCAUCCCUUUCAUUGGGAUGGUGAAAGUUGGCAUUGUGGAGCAGACGUCAGCAACAUCAGGAGACUCUGAUGAUGCAGCACCUCUGGGCUCCUCGCUGCUGUCCUCCACCCCUCCACAAAUAUCACCUGCACUCAAAGAGGCGUCGCCCACCCCACCCUCCUCUCCCUCCGUCAAUACCAGCUUCUGUGCUUACAGUUCCGGUGGUCAGGCGGAGCUGAUGGGGCUUCAGGUGGACUACUGGGUGGCUCCGACAGAAAGGAAGAAAGACGUGGAGAAGCGGGACUCCUCCUCCAAAAACACUCUGAAGUGCAAUUUCCGCUCGCUGCAGGUCAGCCGGCUGCCACUGGGGGGCGCUGAGCCAAGCCCCCAGCCCACCAUGUCCAUGACGGUGGUGACCAAGGAGAAGAAUAAAAAGGUCAUGUUCCUGCCAAAAAAGAGCAAAGACAAGGAGGUGGAGUCGAAGAGUCAAGUGAUCGAGGGCAUCAGCCGGCUCAUCUGCACUGCCAAGCACCAGCAGACCAUGCUGAGAGUGCUGAUUGACGGCGUCGAGUGGAACGAUGUCAAGUUUUUCCAGCUGGCAGCACAGUGGUCCUCACAUGUCAAACAUUUCCCCAUCGGGAUCUUUGGACACACAAAAGGCCCAUACUAGCAGCACCUAAGAGACUGAAACACUGAGGAGAGGACAGCUCCCCCUUCCCUUCCCUCUCCCUCGUGCCAACAGUUUUUAACUCCCUCCACCUCACUUUCCCCCUGCACACUUCUUCUAUUCUGCUGUCUUAAUUUAAGCUCCCGCUUUCCAAUGUUGCAUUUGUCCGGUUAUUUAAUCUUUUGUGUGUUUUUUUAAUUUUCUAUUUAUGUAAAAAAAAAAAAAAACAACUUCUCGAGGCAAGGCUGCCGAGGGAAUAUUUCUUUACUCUGCUUUUUAAAAGAAAAAUCCUGCUGAUGUUUUAUAGACUUUUGACAAAAAAAGGCUAAUGAAAUAAUAAUUAGAAAUGACUUCUAACCUUUGUCAUACUGUACGAGUGCCCAAGUUUCACCCUCUGCCAUCAUGUCUUUCUUUAUUUGGUGAGGUUUGUUUCAAGCACUUGGCCAGCACAAUUAAUCAAGAAAAUAUAUAUAAAAAAAAACAAAGAUGAGCAGCUGCCUUGUAAUGAAGUGGAAGAGGUGAUGGUCAUAUUAUUUUCUAACCUUGAUGAAGAAAUUUUGGAUUCUCAACUUAAGAGACUGUUAAUGCUGAAGAAGAAAAAAUAAAUGGCCCCUGACUUUUGGCCCUCUGCACUAAAUGAAGAAGUCUAAUGUGCAAUAGACUGAAUACUGUGUGAAUGCAACUCUGAACAGUAACCUGGCACUGUUAAAAGAUUACACACUGCUCUUAGUUGUGAUUUUCACUGUAUGUAAUCCCCUCUCUUUUUUACUUUCUCCUCCUUGUGAACCGGCUUGAGGUUUGAAGAGCUUUUCUCCAAAAUUAGACCAAAAAAGUAAAAAAACACCUGCUUUAUAGAAAAUGACUAAUAGCACAAAAUGUACACCUUUUUUGAUGCUAAUAUAAACAUAAAGUAAUAUGCUGAUGUUUUAGAUGAGAAGAUUGAUAAACUCUCAUCUGUACGGUACAUAUGAAGCUACAGCUAGUAACCAGUUAACUUAGCAUAGCAGGGGGGAAACAGCUAGCCUGUCUAAAGGUAACAGUCUGCCAACCAGAACCAGCACCUUCAAAGUUCAUUAAAUAAAACGAUAUUUCACAUUUGUUUAAUUUGUACAGAAACUAAGAGUGUAAUGACAUGUUAGGGGUUUUAUGGGAGUUUACAGGAAACAGUCUAGGCACAUAACCCCCCCAAAAAAGCAAACAAAACAAAAACAAACAAACAAAAAAAAAACCCCAAAACACCAUUUGUCAUGUUUUACUCUCCAC